AUGCCUGUCUUCACCGAAUACUCUGCGGCGUCUCGCGAACUCCGCGUCCUUCCCUCUUUCGCACCUCCACUCCCACGCCUGACGCCCCCUGUGCCCCUCGACAGCAAGACCGAACGAUAUGAGGUUGUGAUCGUAGGAGCUGGUCCAGCAGGACUGAUGCUGGAUCUCCUCCUAGCACGAUACGGACUAAGUGACGAGUCUCUUCUUUGCGUAGACUCUAAGCCAACAACACUCAAAUCCGGUCAAGCCGACGGCCUCCAACCCCGCACACUCGAGACAUUGAAGUCCCUGGGUCUGGCAGACGAAAUUCUGACAGAGGGCUGUCAGAUGUGGCAAGUUGCGUUUUGGAAUCCAUCCGCGGACAAAGAAAAAAUCAUCGAGCGUACCUCCAUUGUAUCCGACGUUGCGGUUCCAGCGCGCUUCCCACACGAAGUCACAAUCCACCAAGGCCGAAUUGAACGAAUUCUGGAAACAGAUUUGCUUCGGUAUUCGAAGCGCGGUGUGCAGCGGAACACGAAGCUCAUUGAUGUGAAGAUCGAUGAGGAAGGCGACUCGGAGUACCCUGUUUUGGCAGAAAUCGAAACCGAGGGUCAGCGUCGCACCGUGCGCUCCAAGUACCUGGUUGGUGCUGAUGGCGCGCACUCUAUGGUCCGCCGUUGCAUGGGACUUACGCUUGAAGGCGAAUCGCUUGACCAUAUCUGGGGCGUAGUGGAUUUGAUUGUCGAUACUGAUUUUCCUGAUAUCCGACGCCGUUGUGCGAUCCACUCCCCUGCGGGGUCCGUGAUGGUCAUUCCCCGUGAGCGGACCGCAACCGGGGACUAUUUGACUAGAUUGUAUGUCCAGGUACCCGGGGUUGUGGAUCCGGACAAUGAUCAGUCGGGUGAUGGGGCGGAUGUUGGAGAUGCUCGAGCGCGACGGAGCAAGGUGACGGAGAAGACUAUUUUUGACAAUGCGGCUGCGGCGUUCAAGCCGUACUAUAUUCGGCCGAAGAGCGAGGGUGCUGUCGAUUGGUGGGCGGCUUAUCAGAUUGGACAGCGAGUCACCGAUAAAUUUUCAGUCAAGGAUUCCAAGGGUGUGAAUCGCGUAUUUAUCGCUGGAGAUGCUUGCCAUACACACAGCCCGAAGGCUGGUCAAGGAAUGAACGUAUCUAUGAUGGAUUCAUAUAAUUUGGCUUGGAAACUCGCUCAUUCCAUCCAUGGUCUUACCCCUGCAUCUGCCAAUGGGCAACCCGACCCUAUCCUCGACACAUACCAGGCCGAGCGUCAUACCAUCGCCCAAGAACUAAUCGAGUUCGAUCGCGCAUUCUCUUCCAUGUUCUCCGGACAGAUCGGUGCCUCAGAGGACGGCGUCGGCGGACUGACCCAUGAAGAAUUCCUGGAAGUAUUCAGCCGCGGCAAUGGAUUCACAAGUGGAUGCGGAAUCGAAUAUCCCGAAAACAUGACGGUGGUCCGAGGUCUGGACGAUGACAAGAACCCAAUCAGUGGCACCGACUACCUAUCUGGACUCUUGCGCCCAGGCAGAAGAUUGCUAAACGUACGGCUUAUUCGACAUGCCGAUGGUUACCGUCGUGAUCUACAAGAUGAUUUCACUUCGAUUGGCCGCUUCCGUAUUCUGUGCCUGACAUCGACGGAUCUGCUGGAUCCCAAGGGCACUUCGGCAAGGACACUAGCCUCUCUCGGCGCCAUCAUUCCCCAGUUCCCACACUCGGUCCUUGAGCAAGUUGUCGUUCACCCCAAACUCGAAAGGGAUUUCAUGUGGAACGAUGUCCCAUCAGAAGUGAAGAAGUUUUCCGAAAUGUCGUUCUACAGUGGGCACGAGCUGGAUGAUGUUUAUAGCACAUACGGCGUUGACCCAGCUCGUGGUGCACUCGCUAUCGUUCGGCCUGAUGGAUAUGUUGGAGUAGUUGCAGAAUUGGGUGAUGUCGACCGUGUGGAGCAAUACCUGAAAACGCUGAUUCGCACAAUUUAG